GGCGAAUUGCGGAUUCAGGAUUUGAGGGUUUUAUUCGGAAAAAAUCCGGAAAUUGCUCUGAAACCAAAAAUGGAGAACCCAUCAUCAUCGGAAACUUCCGAGAUUUCCUCCGUCGUUCAUCCCAAUGACGGCGUUCAACUCCAGGAUCACGCCGUGCUUCCCGAAGUUCUCGAGCAUCGUGGAGCUGAGCAGAUAGUUGGUAUGUCUGCGGAAGAAGUAAAGAGGACAUUAGAAGCAGUAGCAUCUACUGGGAAGUUCUGGCAAGACUGGGAGAAACUAAAAGGAACACUAUCGUACUGGUUGAAGAAGGUUCUAUCGGAAUAUUCUGAGGCAAAAAUGACGGACGAACAACAAAAGGAAGCUCUUGGAGAAACAUACUCAGAGCUGGUUAGUCGACUGGAUGAAGCCCUUCUUAGUUUCGAUGAAGGACCUCCAUUUACAUUGCAGAGACUCUGUGAGAUCCUUUUGGCUGCAAGGAGCAUCUACCCAAAGCUCUCAAAACUCGCUCUUGCAUUAGAAAAGAAUCUGUUGGUUACUUCUAUGUUAGCCAUCAGUACAGACCCACAAUCACAAAUCGUUGAUGAUCCAAACACAGCAACCACAGACACAAUAACAACUGCUGAAAGUUGCGCACCAAAUGGAAUUGACGCAAUGGGAGGCGAUAAGGAUGAGAUAAUGACAGAGGUAGAAGAAGCAGAUGUUGAUGACGCAAUGACUAUUGACAUGGAAACAAUCGAUGAACCAUCAGAGACAAUGGCGACCACAAGUGAAAAUGAGACGCUAAGCGAAAACACUGCUGCACAACCAGCAUUGGAUUCAAUGGCUGCAGAGGAGGGAGAUUCGCGGUUGCCUUCAACGUGUGCCUAGAGAGUCAGACUUUGAACAGCUUUGAAAACUGAUCUCGAAUAUAAUGCUUGUUCUACGAGAAGAGACUUUCUUGGAUCUUGAUUUUGCACUAUAUUAAGUCUCAAGUAGAUUCGUGUUUCAGUGGAUUUUUUGGUUUAUAAGUAAAAUGCCUUUAUCCUG